UUAGGCUGUCGGCCUGGCUUGGUGACUGAUAAAUUCUUCCUUGCCGGGAGAUUUCCCGGCUAAGACACUGGUUCCGAACGCAACGGAACCCAGCGCGGAGCCACGCCGGGUCACGUGGCCAAAGGGCCCAUGACAUUCUGGCUGCGGAGCCUCAUCGUGACGUUUGAGCGAUCCUCCGAGUGGCCCCGCUGCCUCCGCCACCUCUGCAGCCGCGGUGCUGCCAUGGACCUGGGACCGAUGCGCAAGACUUACCGCGGGGACCCAGAGGCAUUUGAAGAGACUCAUCUGACCUCCCUGGACCCUGUGAAGCAGUUUGCUGCCUGGUUCGAGGAGGCUGUUCAGUGUCCUAACAUAAUGGAAGCUAACGCCAUGUGUCUGGCUACGUGUACAAGAGAUGGGAAACCGUCUGCCCGCAUGGUGCUGCUGAAGGGCUUUGACAAGGAUGGCUUCCGCUUCUUCACUAACUUCGAGAGUCGAAAGGGAAAAGAGCUGGACUCGAAUCCCUUUGCUUCCCUCGUCUUCUACUGGGAGCCCCUGCACCGUCAGGUGCGUGUGGAGGGGCCCGUGAAGAAGCUGCCUGAGGAGGAGGCUGAAUGCUACUUCCACUCCCGCCCCAAAAGCAGCCAGAUUGGGGCUGUGGUCAGUCACCAGAGUUCCGUGAUCCCGGAUCGGGAGUAUCUGAGAAAGAAAAAUAAGGAACUGGAGCAACUCUACCAGGAACAGGAGGUGCCAAAGCCAAAAUACUGGGGUGGCUACAUCCUGUACCCACAGGUGAUUGAGUUCUGGCAGGGCCAAACCAACCGCCUGCACGACCGGAUCGUCUUUCGACGAGGCCUACUAACUGGAGACGCCCCUCUGGGGCCCAUGACCCACCGAGGCGAAGAAGACUGGCUCUAUGAGAGACUUGCACCCUGACUCCCAAUCUGUUGGCACUGAGUGGAGCUGGGGCCAGUGCCCCAGAGAGGGUAUGGGAUGUGGGGCCAGACCCUUAUAAACUCAACCCAUUCCCUUCCUGCCUCUUGCAUUCAGGGCCCUUCAGUGUUUACCCUCGGAAUUCUCCGUAGUCAGCUAGUCUAGUGGAGUUUUAACAGUGGCACAGACGAUCACAAACGGAAGGUCUCGUGAUUAUCUUCUCGACCUUAACUAUGAUUUAUUGGAAUAGCUCCCUGUAGGGGUGGGGUCGGUGUGACAGGGGUAGGGCCCCAGCAGCCUUGUCUCUUAUCACAUGACAGGAGUCUGGCCAAAGCCGAUUGGUCCCAGCAGAAGCACCCGAGGCAAUCUAGCCAAUCGGUUUUUCUAUUCUUUCAAAUUUGAAAUCUAGAGACUCAGAGCAUAGCAGCCAAGUAAACAAUGCGGCCUAGAAACAGCAACUUCUGGCUGCUGCUCUUGCAAUUCUCUGAACGAUCCACCGAUCCCUCCUUCCCACACCUGGGGUUGUCCAGUUCCUCCUUCUACCUCAGAAAACCCAUUGUCUUUAAAAAAAAAAAGAGAUUUAUUUUUUUCUUGGCUUAAACCAGUCAGAAUUGAUGUGCUUCUAAUGAAAAGAAUCUUAACUAACUCAUUUACUAAUAGGAUAUUUUUAAACCUCUUACCCAACUGAUAGCUGCCCUCCAUUAUCUGAAGAAGAGCAAUAUGGAAAAGAGACUAAAUGUAUUCUCUGUAGCUGUAAAGGACCCAUAGGUGGAAGUUAGAUGAAGUUAGAUUUCAUCUCAAUAUGGGAAGAAAUUUCAAACAAUUGGGGCUGCCUAAGAGGGAGUAGGUUAGUUAGUGAGUAUUCCGUCCCUGUUGGACAGGAGUUUUGUAGAAGGAACUCAUGCUAGUACCUGUGGGUCAGGAAGAUUUUCAUCAGGCCUUACUUUCCACAUUUGUUUUUAAAAACUCAAUGUAUGUGAGGGCUUUCCAGGCGGUAGUAGUGGUAAAGAACCCACCUGCCAGUGCAGGAGGUGUAAGAGAUGUGGGUUCAAUCCCUGGAUCUGGAAGAUCCCCUGGAGGAGAGCAUGGCAAUCCACCCUAGUAUUCUUGCCUGGAGAAUGUCAUGGACAGAGGAGCCUGGUGGGCUACAGUCCAUAGUGUUGCAAAGAGUCAGACACGACUGAAGCGACUUAGCACAGCACAUAUGUAUGUGAAAUACAUAUAUAUAUAUACAUUUAUAUGUAUUUCACUUUCUAGAUAUAAAAUUAAAUAAUAGAGCUUAUACUUUUCUGACACACAUCCCUUUACCUCCCUUCCACCCCUACUGAUGAUGACUCCUAGGUCACUGGUUUUCACUGGAUUACCCAGGAGCUUUAAAAACCCUGCUGCUCAGUCCCACUCUCAGAGGUGAUUUGACCAGUGUGAGUGCAGCCUGGACUUGGGGAAAUUUCAAAGGCCCUUGGGAAUUCUGUGCAGCCAAGGUUGAGAGCCCCUGUUAAUAGAUCCUUGCUACUUGCAGUGGGGCUUCCCUUGUGCCUCAGGUAGUAAAGAAUCCGUCUGCAAUUCAGGAGACCUGGGUUUGAUCCUUGGGUUGGGAAGAUGCUCUGAAGAAGGGAAAGGCUACCCAUUCCAGUAUUCUGGCCUGGAGAAUCCCAUGGACUAUGUAGUCCAUGGGGUCGAAAAGAGUCAGACACGACUGAGCGACUUUGAUUCACUUGCAGUGUAGUCCACAGGCCAGCAGCUUUGGCUUCCCUUGGGAGUCUACCCCAGACCCAUUGAAUCCCAUGCUGCUUAAAACAAGACCACUCCCACUUCCAGGUAACCAGAUUAGUCUCAAGCUCUAAACCAACCACUUCUGCAGCUGGAUUCUUCGGGAGCAUUUGGCUAAGGCCUGUGCUGAGCUAUAGACUUUGUCUUCUUCGAGCACAAGUCUGGUGACCAGGGGUAAUGUGGAUGAGUGGCCUCCGGGCUGCGGAGAGGAGCCAGGCUGGGCAAAUGUUUGCUGUGCCUAAGCCAGGAUCAGAGAACUGACUGUUUGCAUACAUUGGCCUUUGAGCUUGCAACUCUGCAAACUGCUUCAUUCCACUGUAUGGGUGUGUGCUUUGGCGUCUGUUACUAACUGCCUCCUCCAAGAGCGGCCCUCUGGGUAUUGACCACCCCCCACCCCCACCGGCCUCCUUAAGUCAGGGUGCAGGAAGGGACAAUGCUAGCCUUGUGGCCACUUGCAAGAGAGGGUGCUGGAGUGCCCUUCUCUAUCUUGUCCUGUUAUAUUAUGGGGUCUGUGUAUAUCCCCUGCUUUGAGCCUGGUCUCAGCUGUUCCUUUCCUUUCCUCUGUCUGACAGUCCCUGUGCCAAGUCUAAAAUAAAAGCUCAUCAGCCAUCCAUUUUGUAAAUAUUUGAUCUAGCCUGCUCUCGUCCCCCACCCCCCAUGUUUGAGGGGAGUUGAAGAAUUUAAGCAACUCCUCCUACCUGGCUUCUCCACUUGGGGAGGUUGGGCGUCCAGCAGGGGGAGCCCAAUGCCCAGGGUUGGCCCCUUCCAGGCAGCACAGGCCAGUUUUAGUCGGCCCCUCCUGCCCCACUCUUUACCCUCUUGGGUCCUGUCCCAGUGAAACUGUGGUCAAUAACCGUGGCCUCUCCCGCUCCUGCUCAUAUUUUCAUAUUUGCACUCUCGCUUCCUCCUCCUCUGGCCUGGUGAGCACUUGCGGCUGCCUGGGCGCUGACUUCCUGGGCAGCCAGGUCUCCUUGGCCCUUAUUACCUGCCUCCAGCCCAUCCGUCCAUCUCUUAACUUAGGGAUAUGUGUGGAGUUUUCGUGGGAGAUUCUGUGGCUGUCACUUUGGGGCCGUGGAGUGGAGCGGCAUGCACAGGGUUGAGGAACCCACAGACCCUCCCACCUAAGAGGGAAGAUAGUGGCCUGGUGGUUGCCAGUAUGAGACAGAAGCACAGGUCAGUUGCCUGGGGCCCAGCCUCUCGCCCCUCCCCACCCCUUGCCUCAGGGAACCUCAGGAUGGCUGAAGAGGCAGGUCCCUAUGGUUUGAGUUCUCACUCUUGAAGCUGGUUGGCUUUUCCUCACUGGUUCCAGAUUCUGGGCGGCCCCCUCAGGAUGCUCACCUCCCAGGACCGCAAGGCCCAGGCAUGGCCCUCUCUCCCCACCUUCCCACUGCAGAAGGUGACUGUACUCCUUUCCUUGUUCUGAGCCUCAGUUUCCCUUCCCUGUUGUUGUUCAUUUGCUCUCUCCUGUCUGAUUUUUUGCAACCCCAUGGACUGCAGCACGCCAGGCUUCCCUUCCCUGAGCAGAUAAAAAUCCAGUGUGAAGGGGGCUGUGUGGUGCGGCAGGCAUAUGCACGGUUCUGGCCUCAGUCCCAGCUCUGCCACUAGGAACCCCUGACCCAGGUCAGCUAAUGCAGCUGGAAAACUAGAAAACCGUGAUAAUGACAGCACCUAUGAUGAGAGGGUUAUAGGAGGAACUUCGUGGGGUACUCACCAUAGAGCUGGCUGAUUACAAACCCUCUGAGUAUGAGCUGCUAACUGGGCAGAGCUGCAGUCGGCUGAAAGUCAGCUCCUCCAUGGGAGGCUUUAUGGACUGAAUGAUUGUGGGGACCCUAGAAAGUUCCGUGUGGUGGGGAGGGAUGGGGAAGAGGCUUGGGGGAAGGCCAUACACCUGAGCCCGCCUUCCCUCCCUCCAGUCCCUGGGCUCCCUUCCUCUUCUUCAGAGUUGCCUCUGGCCUGGGUGAGGCCAGCUAACAAAGGCCCCCUUGUACAGGUCUGUUUGUUUUGGUAAAUGUCCUGAGUAACCUCCCUGGGGUGGCCCAGCAGCCUGUGAGGAGCUGACCUGGAAGCCACAGAAUCACAUUGUUGUCACCUUUGUCUCUUUCUGUUCCCACCAUGAGCUCCAGAGAUUUGGCCAAUUUUUUUCCACUUCUCAGUUCCUGGAGCUUGAGGAGGGUCUAGACCUAACAGUGUAGGGAGUGAGGUCUCUC